AUUGCAAACGCUCAAAACGACAUCGGAAGAAUUGCGGCUUGUCCGCAGUUCGACCUCAGUCUCGUUCGUCUGCAUCUAUUAACAGUGUGAAAUACCGAAUUGCCCUUCUGUCGAAAGAAACCCCUCCCUUUUUCUACACCUAUCGGCUUGCAUUGCAGAGCUCCUUUUUCUUCCUUCUCUCCCUCAAAUUUUUACUUUGUAGCUUUCUCCGAUUCCUCGAUCGGACGACCACUUUUACCACCCAUGACUCUGAUGACUCCUCCACCAUUAGAUCAGCAAGAGGACGAUGAGAUGCUAGUCCCACACAACGACUUAGUUGAUGGUCCGCAACCUAUGGAAGUAGCACCAGCAGAAACAGCAAGUGCAGUUGAUGCGCAGUCAGUGGAUGAUCCACCAUCAGCAAGGUUCACGUGGACGAUUGAUAGUUUUUCAAGGCUCAAUAGCAAGAAGCUCUAUUCUGAUAUUUUUGUUGUUGGAGGCUAUAAAUGGCGGAUUCUGAUUUUCCCAAAGGGAAACAAUGUGGAUCAUUUGUCCAUGUAUCUGGAUGUUGCAGAUUCUGCAACUUUGCCAUAUGGGUGGAGUAGAUAUGCGCAGUUCAGCUUGUCUGUUGUCAAUCAAAUUCAUCAAAAAUACUCAAUCCGGAAAGACACGCAGCACCAAUUCAAUGCACGGGAGAGUGAUUGGGGCUUCACUUCAUUCAUGCCUCUCGGGGAAUUGUAUGACCCUGGAAGAGGUUAUCUUGUUAAUGACACAUGCAUAGUUGAAGCUGAUGUUGCUGUCCGUAGGGUCAUUGAUUAUUGGUCUCAUGAUUCCAAAAAGGAGACAGGUUAUGUUGGACUUAAGAACCAAGGAGCUACCUGUUACAUGAACUCUCUCCUUCAGACAUUGUACCAUAUUCCUUAUUUCAGAAAGGCUGUGUAUCAUAUGCCGACAACUGAGAAUGAUAUGCCAUCUGGGAGCAUUCCUCUGGCUUUGCAGAGUUUGUUUUAUAAGCUUCAAUACAGUGACACCAGUGUAGCAACAAAAGAGUUGACAAAGUCUUUUGGCUGGGACACAUAUGAUUCUUUCAUGCAGCAUGAUGUGCAAGAACUUAAUAGGGUUCUUUGUGAGAAGCUUGAAGAUAAAAUGAAGGGAACAGUUGUGGAGGGCACAAUACAACAGUUAUUUGAAGGACACCAUAUGAAUUAUAUUGAAUGCAUCAAUGUGGACUAUAAGUCGACAAGAAAGGAAUCAUUUUAUGAUCUUCAGCUUGAUGUCAAAGGCUGUCGAGAUGUUUAUGCUUCUUUUGACAAAUAUGUGGAGGUGGAACGCCUUGAGGGUGAUAAUAAAUAUCAUGCUGAGCAACAUGGGUUACAGGAUGCUAGGAAGGGUGUCCUCUUUAUCGACUUUCCCCCUGUUCUUCAACUUCAGUUGAAACGAUUUGAGUAUGAUUUUAUGCGGGAUACCAUGGUAAAGAUAAAUGAUCGCUAUGAGUUCCCUUUGCAACUUGAUCUUGAUAGAGAGGAUGGUAAAUAUUUAUCUCCUGAGGCAGACAGAAGCGUACGCAACCUUUACAUGCUUCACAGUGUUUUAGUUCAUAGUGGUGGUGUGCACGGUGGGCACUAUUAUGCAUAUAUCCGGCCGACCCUCGCAGAUCAAUGGUUUAAAUUUGAUGAUGAGCGGGUAACAAAGGAGGAUGUGAAAAGGGCAUUAGAGGAGCAGUAUGGUGGUGAGGAAGAGCAGUUACCACAGACAAAUCCCGGCUUCAACAACUCUCCAUUUAAGUUUACAAAAUAUUCAAAUGCUUAUAUGCUUGUAUAUAUACGUGAAAGUGACAAGGAAAAGAUAAUAUGUAAUGUGGAUGAGAAGGACAUUGCAGAACACCUCCGGAUUAGGUUGAAAAAAGAACAGGAAGAAAAAGAACAAAAGAGAAAGGAAAAAGCUGAGGCCCACUUGUAUACUAUCAUCAAGGUUGCUCGUAAUGAGGAUCUACUUGAACAGAUUGGGAAGGAUAUAUAUUUUGAUCUUGUGGAUCAUGACAAAGUUCGUAGUUUUCGUAUCCAGAAACAAAUGCCCUUUAAUCUUUUCAAGGAAGAAGUUGCUAAAGAGUAUGGUAUACCAGUGCAAUUUCAACGAUUUUGGUUGUGGGCGAAGCGCCAAAACCAUACAUAUCGCCCAAAUCGACCAUUGACUCCUCAGGAGGAAGCACAAUCUGUUGGACAAUUAAGAGAGGUUUCCAACAAAGCAAAUAAUGCUGAGCUAAAGUUGUUUUUGGAAGUAGAAUUUGGACAGGAUUUGCGUCCAAUCCCUCCACCAGAGAAGACUAAAGAGGACAUUCUUCUUUUCUUUAAACUUUAUGACCCUUCGAAAGAGGAGCUCCGGUUUGUUGGGAGGCUGUUUGUGAAGGGGAUUGGCAAGCCAGUGGAGAUAUUGACUAAGUUAAACAAAAUGGCUGGCUUUAGUUCUGAUCAAGAGAUUGAACUUUAUGAGGAAAUAAAAUUUGAACCUAAUGUCAUGUGUGAACACAUUGAUAAGAAGCUCACUUUUCGUGCUAGUCAGCUCGAAGAUGGAGAUAUAAUUUGUUUUCAGAAAUGCCCUCAAGUUGGAAGCGGUGCACAACACCGCUACCCUGAUGUACCUUCAUUUCUUGAAUAUGUGCAUAACCGCCAGGUUGUUCGCUUUCGAUCUUUGGAGAAGCCAAAGGAAGAUGAAUUUUGCCUUGAGCUGUCAAAGCUUCACAAUUAUGAUGAUGUUGUGGAAAGAGUAGCUCACCAUCUUGGCUUUGAUGAUCCAUCCAAAAUUAGGCUUACAUCCCAUAACUGUUAUUCCCAGCAACCAAAACCCCAACCUAUUAAGUACCGAGGAGUGGAUCAUUUGUCUGACAUGCUGGUCCACUACAACCAGACAUCUGAUAUUCUAUACUAUGAAGUACUGGAUAUCCCUCUGCCAGAACUUCAAGGCCUGAAAACGUUGAAAGUUGCUUUUCAUCAUGCCAACAAGGAUGAGGUGGUAAUUCAUACCAUUAGAUUGCCAAAACAGAGCACUGUAGGUGAUGUUAUUAAUGACCUUAAAACAAAGGUUGAGUUAUCUCAUCCCAGUGCAGAACUUAGAUUGCUUGAAGUUUUCUAUCACAAGAUUUACAAGAUCUUUCCACACAAUGAAAAAAUUGAGAAUAUUAAUGAUCAGUAUUGGACAUUACGUGCAGAGGAGAUUCCAGAGGAGGAGAAAAACCUUGUUCCUAAUGAUCGUUUGAUUCAUGUUUAUCAUUUUAUGAAAGACCCAGCUCAAAAUCAGCAGGUUCAGAAUUUUGGCGAGCCCUUUUUUCUGGUAAUUCAUGAAGGUGAGACAUUAGCUGAAGUUAAAGUGCGGAUACAGAAAAAAUUACAGGUUCCUGAUGAGGAGUUUGCGAAGUGGAAGUUUGCAUUUUUGUCACUGGGUCGUCCUGAAUACCUUCAAGACUCCGAUAUUGUAUCCAGUCGAUUUCAGAGGAGGGACGUCUAUGGUGCUUGGGAGCAGUAUCUUGGACUGGAGCACUCUGACAAUGCUCCUAAAAGGUCAUUUGCUGCUAAUCAGAAUCGACACACAUUUGAGAAGCCAGUGAAAAUCUACAAUUAGGAAAGAAUGAUGAGUUGAAACUAGUCCCAACUUCUAUCCAGGAUCCGAAUGACAUUUGAACUGUUGCAAAAUGAGAGAAGCUUGCAUUGAAGAGGAAAUUAUUAGUUGGUGUUAGAUGUGUAAUUCUUUUCUGUAGGGCAGAGAGGACUUUGGCAAAAGACCUCAAUAGUUUUGACUUCUCUCUUGUGCCUUUUUCUCAGGUGAAAUAGAUGGCAUAAAUUGGAUUGUAAUUUAGUACAUAAGAUUUUGUGGGGGAUGUAUAGAGGGUAUAGGUGUGUGUACUUGAUUAUUUCUUUUUAUUAUUUUUAUUUUUUUUAAAUCAUCCCUUUUGUGGAUUUUCUUUAGUUGUAUUAGAGAAUGGUUAUAGGUUGUCUGUAUAAUGUGUUAUUUGGUUACUGAUUCUGGGGCUUCCAGGAUUUGUGCAAUUUCAAAACCAAUUUGAUCUUUA